AUGAGCCGCCAGCUGCGCUACUGCGCGGGCGCCGAGCGCCGGGGCUUCAGCGGCUGCUCGGCCGUCAUCGCGGGCCGGGGCAGCGGCAGCGCAGCCUCGUUCCGGGCCGGCGUCCAGGGCACGGCCGCCUUCGGCAGCAGGAGCCUCUUCAGCCCGGGCGGCGGCCGGCGCCUGGCCCUGAGCGUCGCGGCCGGGCGACCCGGUGCUUACGCGCUCGGCCACUCCGCGGGCCCCGGCGGCGGCCGCCUGGGGGGCUUCGUGGGCACGGUCUUCGGCAGCGUCGGGCUGGGGCCCGCGUGUCCCUCCGUGUGCCCGCCCGGUGGCAUCCCUCAGGUCACCGUCAACAAGAGCCUCCUGGCCCCCCUCAACGUGGAGCUGGACCCCGAGAUCCAGAAAGUGCGCGCCCAGGAGCGGGAGCAGAUCAAGGCGCUGAACAACAAGUUCGCCUCCUUCAUCGACAAGGUGCGGUUCGUGGAGCAGCAGAACCAGGUGCUGGAGACCAAGUGGAACCUGCUGCAGCAGCUGGACCUGAACAACUGCAAGAACAACCUGGAGCCCAUCCUGGAAGGUUACAUCAGCAACCUGCGGAAGCAGCUGGAGACGCUGUCCGGGGACCGGGUGAGGCUGGACUCGGAGCUGAGGAGCAUGCGGGAUGUGGUGGAGGACUACAAGAAGAGGUACGAGGUGGAGAUUAACAGACGCACAGCUGCUGAGAAUGAGUUUGUGGUGCUUAAGAAGGAUGUGGACGCUGCCUACAUGAACAAGGCUGAGCUCCAGGCCAAGGUGGACUCCUUGACGGAUGAGAUCAAAUUCUUCAGGUGCCUCUAUGAAGGGGAGAUCGCUCAGAUCCAGUCUCACAUCAGUGAUACGUCCGUCAUCCUGUCCAUGGACAACAACCGGGACCUGGACCUGGAUAGCAUCAUUGACGAGGUCCGCGCCCAGUAUGAGGAGAUCGCCCAGAAGAGCAAGGCGGAGGCAGAGGCGCUGUACCACAGCAAGAUCCAGGAGCUGCAGGUUACGGCAGGCCAGCAUGGGGAUGACCUCAAACUCACCAAGGCCGAGAUCUCGGAGCUCAACCGGCUGACCCAGAGGAUCCGCUCAGAGAUAGGGAGCGUAAAGAAGCAGUGCUCCAACCUGGAGAUGGCCAUCGCUGAUGCUGAGCAGCGGGGCGACAAUGCCCUGAAGGAUGCCCAGGCCAAGCUGGAGGAGCUGGAGGCCGCCCUGCAUCAGGCCAAGGAGGAGCUGGCCCGGAUGCUGCGUGAGUACCAGGAGCUGAUGAGCCUGAAGCUGGCCCUGGACAUGGAGAUCGCCACCUACCGCAAGCUGCUGGAGAGCGAGGAGUGCCGGAUGUCUGGUGAAUACCCCAAUUCCGUGAGCAUCUGUAAGUACCUGCGGGACCCGCUUCUACCCUUGGCCACCUACCAGAAGUCCGUCGUCAGCAGCACCAGCGCUGGGGCUGGAGGCGCUGGCUUCACUGUGGGCUUUGGUGCCUCGAGCACUUACAGCUACAAGCCCGCGGCGCCAGAUGUCAAAACCAAAGGCAGCUGUGGCAGCGAGUUCAACGAUCCCCUCGUCAAAGCCUCGGGCAGCAGCUGUGCCACCAAAAAGGCCUCCCGAUGAAGGGCAGGUGGCGGGGGGCUCUGUGAGCAGGAAGCUACGGCCACCUCCUCCUCUCCACCCCGGGUCCCCUUCCCAAGUCAGCAAGUGCUUCCUCCGUCACCAGACUCCCAGUCCCAUCACCUCUCCUGGUUGUCCUCAGUGGGUGACGCUCUGAUGCGGGAAGUCCAGUUGUGGGCACCUUUGGUGAGCUCCUCCUUGGCCACCUUUCACUGGGUCACUGCCCCCAGGUGCAGACAUGAUACACAUACCCAGGAUGCUUCCCUGCAGCCAGGUGCAGCCCCUCUGUCCCCGUGCCUUUCUUGGGCCUUCACAGCCGAGGGGCUCUCUUUGUCCUCUGGUUGGGGUCAUGUCUCAUUCUCUGCUUCUCCCACAAUAAAGCGUCAGUGCCAUUUGA